AGAGUCAACAGGACAGGAAGAUGGCGUCCAUCCCCUGUGCUCUGAUAGUGUUGCUGAUCUGCCUGAGUCAGGACCACAUGGGUGUCCAAGGAAAGACUCCCACUGUCUUUUCCAGUGAGGGUGGGAAUGCCACUCUUCCCUGUAGGAAAGUGGUUCCUCCAGACUGCUCUUCUACUGAAUGGAUUUAUACCGGCUCUAAAGCUAUUGGAGAAGUGUUCACCAAUGGAAAGAUCAGUUAUACUGCAGUCACACACAGAGCUAAGGGACUGAGUCUGGGCUCUGACUGUUCUCUCCACAUUACUGAUGUCACCACUGAGGAUGUUGGACUCUACACCUGUAACCAGGAGCAGGUUUAUCUGUCUGUUCUUCAGGUCUCUGCUUCCCCCAGUGAGACUGAGAUGGAGACAAACAGUAAUGUGACUCUCAACUGCGUCCUGCACACACCUGAUAACUGGGACGGAAUAGAUAAGACUAAAGGAGUUAGUAUGAGCUGGGCAGAUGAGACAAAGAAAGACCUGAAGAUUAUUGAGAAUUGCGAGACCAAAACCCCACCUCCCUGUUCAAUCACACGGACUGAGGAGCUCAGAGGUCCAAACUCUGUUUAUACUCACACAUGCCAGCUGACUGCAGGAGGGCAGGUUCAGACUUCUGUCUCCCACACCAUCAAAGUGAAAGGUUAG